UUUGCGCCUGCGCACUUGAUGGUCUACGCGACAUAACUAAAAUCAUUUUGUGGAAAAUUUAAAGUUUGUUGUUUAUUAGUGACAACCUAUAAUUCAUAAUUAUUUAUGAAAGCGUCGUGCUAAUUACCAUUCCAGGCGCUAGGCUGACUUAUUCAAUAUCGGUCAGCCUGGAUGCGUUCAGCCACUAUUAUUUUGUUCGAGCGGUGUACGGUAGCCAUCUUGGAAUCGAACAAAGCUUCAGAUGUGUAGUUUGUCUGUUUAUCAAUAAUUUUUGUGCAUUUUCUUGUAAAUAGUUUGUAUGUUUAGGAUAUGUACGGAACGUUCGUCCACAUGUGUAAAUAGCUAUGGCUGCGACAAGGAAAUUACAAGGUGAAAUAGACAGGUGUUUAAAAAAGGUAACGGAAGGGGUGGAGACGUUUGAGGACAUCUGGCAAAAGGUACACAAUGCGACGAACAGUAAUCAGAAGGAGAAGUAUGAGGCGGACCUCAAAAAGGAGAUUAAGAAGCUCCAGAGGCUACGAGAUCAGAUCAAGUCGUGGAUCGCCUCCGGAGAAAUUAAGGAUAAGAGUACACUUUUAGAAUAUAGGAAACUAAUUGAAACACAAAUGGAGAGGUUCAAAGUGGUGGAAAGAGAGACAAAAACGAAGGCAUACUCUAAGGAAGGUCUCGGGGCGGCGCAGAAGCUCGACCCGGCGCAGAAGGAACGGGAGGAGAUGGCUUCGUGGCUUGUCUCAUCUAUCGAUGCACUUAAUUUACAGGUUGAUCAAUUUGAGUCUGAAGUAGAAUCACUGUUAGUUGGUAAGAAGAAACGACUGGACAAAGAGAAACAAGACCGUAUGGAGGAGUUGAAGGUGAAGCUGGAGAAGCACAGGUUCCAUAUAAAAAAGCUAGAAACCCUGCUGAGGAUGCUUGACAAUAUGUCUGUUGAGGUAGAACAGAUAAAAAGGAUAAAAGAAGACGUUGAAUACUACAUAGACUCAUGCCUAGACCCGGAGUUUGAGGAGAAUGAGUACAUAUAUGACGACAUCCGAGGGCUAGACGACAUUGAUCUGAGCGGCGUGGGGCUGCCCUCCUCCGCCACCACCGACAGCAACAACAGUAACCACUCGCCGGGAUCACCCACCAGUAUACUAUCAGGUACAAGUCCAAUCGCGUCACCAACGUUAGACAUCCACAAUCACUCAACGGACUCCACGGAAGUUGAGAAGAAGAAGAAAGAAGAAAUCGUAGCGAAACCGGUAAAACCACUGCCGCUCCGAGUGGUGAACGCCAGCCUGGUCGGUAAUAGCACGUCUAACGUUUGUUCCUUGCUCAAUAACUCCGCAGCAUCCACCAAUAGUAUAAACAAUGCGGUAUCGGGCGCGUCAACGCCGAGCAAACAGCCGGCGCCGAGUCCGCCCCACCAGCCUCACCAGCCUCACCAGCCCCACCAGCCGCACCAGCAGCAUCAACAGCACCAGCAGCACCCGCCGCAUCACCUCGCGCGGCCGCCUAACGCAACCGAAGUAGUAGAAAAUGGUCCCGUAUCAAUUGCGCCAGCGCACAACACCACGCACCUACCGCCUUCAACGCAACCAGCACCGACGUCGAAGAGUUCGUCAGUGUCGAUAGGAGCGACAGCGACAGCGGGCGCGACAGCGACAGCGGCAGCGGCGGCGGGCGCGGCGGCGAGCGGCGAGGCGCCGUCGCCGCUGACUGUCAACGGGCCCGCGCAGCCCGCGCCGCACCACACGCCGCAGCAUGCCGUCAACAACGGGCGAGUAAGCGAAUCUUCAAUGACGGGCGCGCUGAGUGCGGCGAGCGUGGCGGCGAGUGCAGCGGGCGGCGCGGGCGGCGCGGGCGGCGCGGGCGGCGGCACCGCCUCACUCAAGAGCAUGGCGCAGGAGGCCGUGCAGCGGGCGGGGCUGCACGCGCACCACCAGCCUGCAGCGGGCGGUGCUGGCGGUGCCGGUGCCGGCGCUGCCGGUGCGCGGCGGCUGGCGAGCGCGGCCAUCCCGCCGCUGCUGGGCGUGGCGCCGCUCGGCCCGCUGCCACUCAACUCGGAGCACCAGAUGCAGUUCCAAAUGAUGGAGUCGUCGUUCUACCACAUGCCGCACCCGUCCGACUCGGAGCGGACGCGCGUCUAUCUGCCGCGCAACAUCUGCCAGACACCCCUCUACUACAACCAGGUGCUGCUACCGCACUCGGACUCUGUAGAAUUCUUCCAGCGACUGUCGACGGAGACUUUGUUCUUCAUCUUUUACUACUUGGAGGGCACCAAAGCCCAAUACCUGGCCGCCAAGGCGUUGAAGAAGCAGUCAUGGAGGUUCCACACCAAAUACAUGAUGUGGUUCCAGAGGCACGAAGAGCCGAAGGUUAUUAAUGAGGAAUAUGAACAGGGCACUUAUAUCUACUUUGACUAUGAGAAGUGGGGCCAGAGGAAAAAGGAGGGCUUCACGUUCGAGUAUAAGUACUUAGAGGACCGUGACUUGAACUGAGCGUGAAGUGUGAUGACAGUGAGUGUACGACCGCGGGACGGACCUAGCAGCCGCAGUGCAAUAGUUUUGGAGUCGACUCGCUGCCGUGCGUGUGAGUGUACCCACGAGGCUUACCAAGUGAACACGAAUCCAUUCCGUUGAAGACAGUAUUCUUAAUUUAAUCAGUGCAGUACUGUGAUUUAGUAUCACUAUUGUAAAAAACUUGCAAUUUCCCUGGCAGUUGUUAAUACAAUGUUUUAUAGUGUGAUGUGAGAGCCAUGUCGUCGGUUGUUAUAAAAACCAAUGUGAUAUUGAUGUAGUACCGGCCGCCCCCGGCGGUGACAGCCCCGGCCCGACUGCUGAACGUUUUACACUCAUCUUCCUAUUGAUCACAUGAGUAGCGGUCGGGGCGGGGACGUCGCGGGGACGUCGCGGUCCACUGUCCGCCGGGUAGCAUGUUGCGUCACGUUGACUAGUUUAUGAAUUAUUAUUUUUGUCUGAUGUCCAAGUUAGACAUGUUAUAGUAAGUAGAUGUUGUAAGCUAGCUGUUAAGUGACUGUGUUAUGAACGUAUUUUGUACGCGAUGUUGGACACCACAACGGCAACAUGCCGCCCCGUGGACCGGCUGUAUUGUAGCAUGAAAACUACUGGCGCUGUACGCACACCACGUCGACACUCGUGCCCUCUUGCGGCGAACGGAUCCUCCUAUUUGUAUCGAGCCGGAAAUAGAGUAACGCACAACGAAUCUGAAUCAGUUAUUCUAUUUCGUAAUAAUUUAUUUUUACUAACAUUAAUUGUAAGUGCCCACUCGUUGAAUAGUUCAAUUACGUUGAACAAUAGAUGUGUGAAUUUAAACGUCGCGUAGUAUGCGUACAAUCCAGCGAUCUUUGCUAGUCUUAGUAUCUCAUAGCGCGUGCCUAAUAUAAGUCACAAUUAGGUGCCGAGGGCGACCGGCUUUGUUUUAACUUUUGUAUAGUACGGGAUAGUAUGGAAUUGUUUUAUUGCCGACUUGCGCAUACCGCCUGACCGUUGCUAUAAGAGAAUGUAGAAUGAUAAAUACUAAUUAAUGUAAAGGACAUAUUUUUUUUUCAUUUCAUUUCCUCUUGUCGUUGUAACUUAUGUAUUUUAUUCCAGCCAGUUCUAUCCCAUGCCAUAUUUUUUACCUACCUAUACGACAUGACACCUAGUGUUUCCCUUAUCUGUCCCAUGUAUUUAGUUAUUACUCCUUUUCAAGAUUGGACGGAUAGGUUUAUUAAAUGAAUUUUGUAAUAUUUUAAUUCCAAAGUUUAUUAUCGAAUUUAAAACAGUUCCUUUAUAUUUUAAAUAAAAUUAUUUUCAUUAACACUUAAAAUGUCCUUUACAUUGAUUAAUGUUUUUGUUAAUUUUACUUAUUUUCAGAAUAACAUCAAAUAGAAUUUAAGUAAAAACAAAAAAAGUGGACUGAGAAAUCUACGUGCUCUUUGCAAAUAUGAACACCUGGUAAACUGGAUGACUGUAACAAAAGCAGUGCAAAAUCAACGAUAUCAAAUUAAGAUAAUUAUCAAUCAAGAAAAAAUAAUAAAAAAAUAUUUUAUUUGUAUGUAAAAAUUGUCAUCUGGUUCCAUGUGUACGGUCAACGUAAGAAGUGAUCACGUCUCGCGCGAGAGGUGAUCGCGUCGCGGUGUGCGCGAGGUGGCUCCCAGCUGCAUGUAGGCGAUACAGUGUAAUUUCGUUAGUAAUGCUAAGUAAUACACUUUUUCACCUCCGUUUGAAGGAAUUACUCUAACAUGUGGUGUUAUAAUGUACAUUUAAUUUUAACAAGAGCAUUUGUUGAACAAAACAUAAAUUAUGUAAGCGCAUGUAUAGAACACUGCCACGCUGUUUGUAUUAUAUGUGGUUAAUUAGAAUUACGUCGAUAUAAAUUGUACUUAUUUAUUUGUGAUAAAUUAUUGUACGGCAAGCGUCCGCUCUUGUUGCGGGGUGAAAGAGUCUAUUAUUGCUCGCGAAACAGUUCGUGUCCGCAAUAGAUAUAUAUACUGCCAGACGGUAAUGCCUUCAUUGUACAAUCAGUGAGACACCAAAUACGUUUUCCAAUUUUAUGCGACCAUAGUGUUUAUAGACGACGGCCAGAAUUGUUGCACGCACGUCGCGCGGCCGACGCGGCGUCGCGUGGCCGCGCGGUCGCGCGACGCGGUGUCGCGUUGUGGCGCGGCGGCGCGGCGACGCGGCGACGCGGAGCCGCGAUGGCGCGCGACGGCGACGCCGGCGGCCGCCAGCUCGCGGACAGCGCGCGAUCUCGUUAAUUACGUGCGUCAUGUUGAUAGUUUCCACUUUUGUAAAAAGUCGUGAGGAGAUGAAUUGUCGUAAAUAUUAAUUUAAAAAAUUAUCUGUACAGUUCUAUUUGUAUAGAAAUAAUAAAUAAUGAUUAAAAAAUUUUAAACA